AUGACUGAAAUCAGGAAAAUGUUUGAUACCAAAGCUCUUGUACCUGCAAUAACCUCAAUUGUGCUAAUGCGGACUAUCACAAAUGAACUCAUUCCUCAUGAGCUUCUACAUUUUAUUCAAUUAGGAAUUCAUCAUCUUUUUCGUCAAUUUUCCGGGCAAUUUACGGUAGUCAUUGAAGAAUUUCAAGGGAUGGCAAGAAACCAAGUUUUUGAGGCUGCGGAAACCUACCUAGGAACUAAAGCAACUGUCUCAGUAGAUAGAGUUAAAGUAAGCAAAUCUGAGGAUCAUAAAAAUCUUUCAUUCAAUAUUGAUAGAAAUGAAGAAGUUAGUGAUGUUUUUGAAGGUGUUAGUGUAAAGUGGAAACUAGUUUGCAUAUCGGUGGACCCCUCGAGGAUUCGACAUUACGAUCAUGACUCCUCAUCUAUCGCAGAAAUAAGAUCCUAUGAACUAACUUUUCACAAGAAACAAAAAAACAAGAUCUUCGAUUCGUAUUUGCCUUAUGUAAUGGAGGUAGCUCAACAGAUUAAACAAGGAGACAUGGCGAUAAAGAUUCACUCGAAUGAAUCUUAUCGCUGGCGUCGUGAACCUGUUAAGUUCAACCAUCCAAUGAGUUUCAACACUCUUGCAAUUGAUGAAAAGCUCCAAAGGGAAAUUGUGAAGGAUUUGGACAAAUUUGUGAAGGCUAGAGAGUUUUAUAGAAGAACUGGGAAAGCUUGGAAACGCGGUUACUUGUUGUAUGGUCCUCCUGGCAGUGGCGGAGGGAGAGUAUAA